AUGGACAAACUGACCGGCAGAAGGGAUGACACCUCACUGCAAGGCACAGUGACUACCACCGCGACCGCAAAAGAAGCAGGAGGAGGAGAAGGUGUGGCAAUGAGAGCAGUGCUCCCGCGGCUCAUUGAUGCCGCUGCCUCCGCCUUCAACCUGGCUUUCUUGGUGGCCACGGAGGCCGCCGCUGCACCAUGA